GACUUCCUUGUGACCGAACUGUACGAGUCGUUAGCACGGGAUCCACAAAGUCGUUCGUGGUUUUUCCUUGCCUUGUACGAAAUUCUCUUGCGCUGGUUGCCCUCAUACGGUCAACUAAACAGUGAUCGUCUGACGAUUCCGUCUGUCACUCAUGGUCAGGAAGAACGGACGCAUAAUCUAAAGGGGAGCCUUACUUUGGCGUAUUCGUUACCGCCAGAUUUGAUCAUGAACUGGUUCCGUUGGUGUUUAACUACGGAUUAUGAUGUGGACCGGGCCGUUUGGUGUAAUGGAUCCAAUAGUUCACCUGGGGUAAUCGCGGAUGGUCGUCUUUGGGCCGAGCAGGCCUUACUUGGCUUGCCUCCUCAGUGCAUCGAUUUGAACGAGGCUGUCCGUCUUUGCUGGCAGCAUCGUCUAUUCAAAGCAUAUUUGCAUCUCUACACAGAUAUUUUGUUCGAUUUUGAAACUCCGUUCCGGAAUCUGAUUAACUUCUUGAUGAGUCCGAAUCAGCACAAAUCACAAGGCUCCGAAAAUCCGGAAACCUACUGUCAGACCUUGUUGUUGCUGUUGCGCAACGCUCUGGCCGGUGAAUCUUACUCCCAGCAGUCAUUACCGAGCCCGAUGGAUGUGGAUAUUUUCAAUUUACUGUUGAACGAGGCCAUGCCCGAUGAGGCUCCCAGACGGAAUCGUCAAUCGCAGCCCAAGUAUCCACGCCUUUGGCUUUUGUUGAACCACUGUGCCACAGAUUUUCUCAAUCUGCUCAUGAUAUCUAUCAGUGCUGAUCGCUUCUUCACAGAUGGAGAUCUUGGACUGUCACAUCGUACGCAUUUAUAUCACAAACUAAUUGCAUGUGCUUUGGACGAGUACUGGUCCGCUACAAGCUCCGAAAGCACAAAUGUGUGUAUUCCCGUGCUCGAAUUUCUCGUGCAUCAACUUUCUCAGAGUGGGAAUGAAUCGAUCCGGUUAGAGGACAAUAAAUUGUUCCAACUAUUUGAACACAUUUGUCGGGGCUUAGAGCAAUCCUCCGCAUUAACCGUGACAGACACACUGGAAGCGAGUGUAAUUGAUCUCAUUGAAACAGGUCGAUUCACUCAGUUGGACGUCUGUCUCUGUUUAGCUAAAACAACCAAACUGUAA